AUGUCAACUACACAAAGAAGUGAGGGAAUGAAUGCCUUUUUUGAUGGAUUUAUAAAUUCAAGCACGACACUUCAACAGUUUGUGGUUCAAUUCGACAAGGCCCUAAGAGUGAAGGCACAAAAAGAAAUACAGGCUGACUUCUCCUCCCUGAACACCACGAUUGGUUGUGGCUCCCAGUCACCGAUCGAAAGACAAUUUCAAUUGGAGUACACACACGAGAAGUUUGAGGAAGUCCAAACUGAAUUUUGGUCUAGGAUGAAUUGUUUUAUCAAAAAAACUGUAAAGGACAAUUUUAUGAAUACUUACACAAUAAAUGAGGAGAGGAAGUUUGAGGAUAAAUGUGCAGACAAAUUUUAUACAGUUGAAUUUGAUCCACUGACUAACAAUACCACAUGUUCUUGCCUCUUAUUUGAGUUUAGAGGCAUCAUUUGUCGGAAUUCGCUAUUGGUAUUUUGUCGGAAAGAUGUUUGUAAUGUACCAUCCAAAUAUGUUCUUCGGUGUUGGAGUAAAAAUAUCCGUAGAAGGCACAUGCUCAUUAGAGCAACAUACACUACUUCAAAGCUUCAACCGACCAUGCAAAGAUACCAACUAUUGUACAAAAAAUUCUAUGAAAUAGCGGAGGUUGCUUGUGAAUCCGGAGUUUUUUCAAAUCAGUUAGAAGAAGAUCUUGAUUUACUUGGUAAUAAAUUUGGCUGCAGUUCAACCAUGACUACUAACAUCAUUAGUGAUGGAGGUGAACUAAGAUCUGAAAAUCCGGUCACCGGUCCAACAUCUGACACUGCAGGGGGAAAUGAUGACGUACUUGUCCGCAGCCCUUUAGCAGUGAAGCGAAAAGGGCGACCGCGCACAAACAGGUUAAAGUCUACCGUCGAGAAAAGAACGAGAAAAGCAAAAACAUCUUCAGCAAAGAAGUCAUCAACACCAUUCGAAAGAACAGUGCCUGAUGUUAUACAAAUUGUUGAGGUCAUUCCAUUUGCAUCCCAAUCUUACCAAGUUUCAGACCAAUCCGGAGUGGCUCCAUCGGGAUUUUUGUCUUUGUUAUCAACUGUGCAUAACAAUUUCGAUAAUAACAUACUUUGA